ACUCUAGAUGACGCUGGUCUUUGGAGCAGAGAGCUACACGUGACUGACUUGAUACUCGCAAUACCUCACAAUACAGACGUGGGUAAGUCAGAGGGCUGCGAGAGAAGGCGACCAGCCUCCAGGAACACAGCAUCAGCACCCAGAGGGUUUGCAUCAUUACCGGGAAUUUCUUCUUUCUGCCAUUCAUUUUCCCCUCCCGCGGAUUUGUGUUUUGAAUGCCUCGGCCGGCUGCAGCGGUGCUCGCGGUGCUGACCGCCUGUCUGUGGUGCGGACCCGCUCUGUGCAAGGUGGGGAGCAGCCACCAGCAGCUCAAUUACCGACCAAUUAUCGGCGUGUUGGCACAGGAAAACCUUCCAUGGGACCACUUUGCUCGUGGCUCUUCUUACAUUGCUGCCUCCUAUGUCAAAUACCUCGAGGGUGCUGGGGCCAGAGUUGUACCUGUCCGAAUUAAUCGCACAGAAGAAGAGUAUGAUAAGAUAUUUCACUCAAUAAAUGGGUUAUUGCUGCCAGGUGGAGAUGUAGAUCUUCAGACGUCACAGUUCAGUCGAGCUGCCAAGAUCUUUUACAACUUGGCUCUGAAGGCCAAUGAUGCUGGAGACUACUUUCCUAUCUGGGGAACUUGCCAAGGCUUCCAGCAGCUCUCUGUCCUGACUGCCAACAAAAACCUCCUCACGCUCACCGAUACCAAGGCUGUGGCUCUACCUCUGACACUCGCAUCAGCAGCCCAAUCCAGCCGUUUAUUCCGGAAUUUUCCCAAGGAUCUGCUGCGGUCUUUGGCUAAUGAAAACAUCACUUCCAACUUCCACAGCUGGAGUCUCUCAAUGCAGAACUACAGUCGAAAUGCCAAGCUGAGGAGGUUUUACAAGGUCCUGUCCACUAACAGUGAUGGAAAGAAAGAAUUCAUCUCUACCAUGGAAGCCAACAAUUACCCAUUUUAUGCUGUGCAGUGGCAUCCAGAGAAAAGUCCUUUUGAAUGGGUGGAUAAGCCAGGCAUGGUUCACUCUGUCUCUGCUGUUAGAGCCAGCUUCUACACUGCCAGCUUCCUUGUCUCUGAAGCCAUGAAGAACUACCAUCAUUACUCCAGUCCUGAUGAGGAAGACAGAGCUCUUAUUUACAACUUCUCUCCUGUCUACAGAGGCGCUGAUGCUGUCUUUGUGCAGAAUUAUUAUUUUGAUUGAUGAACAGUGAUGCAGAUGAACCAGACCUGGCAUCAGCCUAGUCAGAAUCUGUCAGCUGUAGAUCAUCUUGGCCCACGAUCUGAACUAAACUUGAUAGAGUUGCAAUGUACAAACAGGAAGUCAUGAAUGAAACAGGACAGUGAGGAAAUGUAGUGAUAAAUGAUAGCAGAAAAUAAGCCUGAAUAAAAUUAAAAAGUCUCAAAUUGUUAGUAUAAUAUGGAAAAAUUGCUAAAACAAAGAGCAAGCAUAAAAACAUAGAACUAAUAAAAAUAAAUAUAUUGAAUGAAAUAGUCAAAUUGUACAGAUUUUUUUUCUUGCUGUAUUUUUAUGACACAUCAUGUUGCUAAGAUUGGGUUGAAUCUAAAUAACCUCGCAGUGUCAUGUUUUUAAUGACUGGCUAAUUAAAAUAAACAGUAUAGGGAGGGAAAUACUACUUUUUAAAAUCCUAAGUAUUUCAAAAAAAUAGCUGAUAUUUUGUCUUUUAUUGGAUACCAUUGCUGGUGGGGUCUAUUAAAUUUCUUCUGCAGUUAAAGUUUAGCUAAUUCACUUAUCUAAAUGGUUUACACACAAACCCAGACUGGGACCAGUAAUUUCUUAGAAAAAACAGCGGGUGUUGUUUUGUUUUCUAUUUGUUUGUUUGUUUUAAACAAAAUGUCUCAGUUCUCCCCAGUGUACUUUGUCAGGCUUGAAGCGUGAAAGAUUUAAAAAUGAGCAAAUGCCGUAGAGAAAUUUGCAUCUACUUGCUCUUUUUAUGUAUUUAUGUGAAAGGGAUUCUGGACCUACUUUAAGUAUGUAAACUUAGCACAAAAAGUAAGGAAAUUUGUGUUUGGUUGAUUAUUUCUUUGCUUCUUGGCAAUAAAUCUUAUACCGUUGGAAAGCCUGUUUAUUUCCCUUUAAAUGGAGCCACAAUUGUAAGGAAAAUGUGUGUGGGUGGAGCAGCAGAGUUGAGUGUGUGGGUUGUGCCCAUGAAAAACUUGCCAAAUUUUUUCUGCCAAUGCCAAACAGCUGCUAUGGACUCUUGUUUGGAGCUUCUGGUGCUGACAAUCAGGCUCAUCAUCAUUAAAGAUAAUCUCAACGCAGAGAGAUAUCGAGAUGAGAUCCUGCAAGAAGCAUCGCUACAACAAAGAUAUAAUCGACCAAACGCAGGUUUCCUUACUUUUUGUGCUGUUUGGCUCCUUCAGCUGGGAAGAGGCUGGACAGAAAGAUUCAUUUCUGGUGCCCUUAUAACCAAAGAUUGAAGAGAUGAAACACUUGACUCACCAGGUUUCCAUGUUGAGUUUGAUUAUUUGCAUAAUAUUACUGACAGUUGUGAACAAACCUUUGUUUCUAUAAUACAUUUGGAUUUUAAAUCUUACUUCUUUUGUAGAAAAGGGAACAUUCAUUGACACCUGCACACUUUUACUUUAGUGGCUUUAAUUUACAGUACUAAAAGUUACUCUUCCUUUAAGAUCAGUCUGUCCUUCAUAUUUUUACUCAUGUGAACAUGAACAUGUAAUUAACGAUUACAUUUUAUUAACUACCAUCCUACUUCAAAGUAAUCAUUUUCCAAGAGUGUCUUUAUUCUUAAAAUCAGGCAUUUGUUAUCAGUUCAUCUAUACUUGAUUGUAUUCUUGCACAUCUACGUGUGCAUCUGAGUAUUUUAUUCCUCAAAAAGAAAUGGCGAUUUUGUAAAACGUGUUGUCUGAGAAUGCUACACAUCUGUGAAGAUGUUUGGGUUGUGGGAAAUGAUAGGUUUUACAUUGUCAAGUUUAUUAUUUCUAAUGAAAUGAUCUUUGUACCUGUGGAUAUACGUAUGGCAUGAGGUUACCUGAUGCUAAUAGCAAUAUAAAAUCAAAAAGUGUAUGAACUAGAUGCUACAUGAAUGUUGGAUUUUUAAAUGGAUGGACUGUUAAAAUAUGUGGUGUGAUUUCAGAACUUUGUUACUGACAUUUUCCCAUCAGCAACUGUCCUAAAGCUAGUACACCAAAUCAAAAAAAGCUUGUUCAAAAUGUAUUCACUUUUUUGCAGAUCAUCUCAGUUUCUUUUGAUACAUGUAU